AUGGACAUUCCGAUUCAGGUUCAAGAACUUGAUACCACGGGUCACAAUACAGCAAACUAUCGAUACGAUGUCUCUACUGGUACGCUCAAAUCGUCUCCGGUAACAAUCGCAAGAGACGGAAAUCCUCAGGUCUUUCGGUACUUGAGCCCGUUCCUCCCUGCAGGAUAUCCUGCAACAGUUACCCCGGAUUACACGCCAUAUCAGAUAUACGAUUCCCUACAAGCAUUCGCUUCUACGAUAGCCGGCCUUCUGGCCUCCCGGGCUGUUUUUGUAGGGAUGGGAGUUGGGUCUGAGGAUGCGUCAGUAAUCACCACGAUGUUGUUAUACAUCGCACAGGCCACUAUCGGAAGACUCGCAACCAUUGCAUUCGCGGAUCGUUUCUCCCAGAGGAUCGAGGCCGAUGUGAAAUUCUAUCGCUUCUUCGCAGACAUUGUCAAUGACACAGCCUUUGUGCUUGAUUGUAUCAGCCCGAACUUGCCAAUACUUGGGCGGGCACUCACCUUAUGUGUGAGCAACGCCUGUCGUGCUCUUUGCGGUGUCGCUGGUGGGAGUAGCAAGGCUAUAUUGAGCACCCACUUUGCAAAGGCAGGAAACAUUGGCGAACUCAACGCCAAGGAUGGCAGUCAAGAGACUGUGGUCAGUUUGAUCGGCAUGUGGGUAGGAGGAUUGGUCGUCAGCAAAGUGGAAGGUACGCUAGAGACAUGGUGUUGCUUGCUGCCUCUACUCGCACUACAUCUGUGGUGCAAUUGGAAAGCAGUGAAAAGCGUGAGGUUGUCGACCUUGAACACUGAGAGGGCUGUCUUAUUAUUUGACGGAAUUCUCCAUGGACACACCAAAAGCUUGAAUGAUGUAGGCAGGCAGGAAACGGUCCUAGGGAGAGCCAGAAUCUUGCGCACAGCUGAAGGCCGAUUACUCUCGUCGUGCAAAAUCGGUGCAUCUGUGGAUAACUUACUUCAAUGUAUGCGACUGCACGAGCUAGGCGCGAUAGGUGGCUCAGAUGAUGUCGACAAGAGCUUCGCACGCCUAUUGGAAAUCUUCCGGGAAGAAAAAUAUUUGUUAUGGGUGAACACGACAACCAAUCGAGCAGUCAUAGUUUUGACAGCAGACGCCUCAAGUGUAACUCAAGCCAAAGGCUUUCUACAUUUGAUGCGGCUUCUGAGAUCUCAGUCAUCUUCACUAAGCGAACGAAAAGAGGGAGUGAAGGGAAUUCAAGAACCCAUGUCAUUGCCCCCACAGACCGAUGAGAUUCUGGCACGUCUCAAACAAACACUUGAUCAGAACAACGAACACUGGCCUGCAAUCGUGGCACGCGUUGAGGCAGCCGGCUGGGAGCUGGAAAAGGGGAAUCUUGAGCAAGGAGAAUGCUACCGGAUCCGCACAGGGGACUGUCCCGAGACCAAGAAGGACAAGUAA